AUGGCAUCUUUAGAAUUGGGAACUGCGACAAGUACAAUUUUCAAUGUUGAUAAGGAAAAAUAUGGACCGAGUCGUGUUUUCAUCAAUCCAGUUGAUUCUACCUCCACGGCAAGUGGAUGGUCACCCACAGGUCAUCUUCCCAAAGGUGUCAAUUUGAAAACUAUCCAGGAAGAAAAUCGUAUCGAAGAUUUCCAACGUUUCAUGUUAUACAAUUUCACAGUACGCGAGCUUGUUGAUUUAGAUGUAGUUAGUGGUAGAAUUCUCGAAGGGCCUCUCAUGAUUCCUAUUCAUCCUAUAUUUUCGAAAAAUGUAUGGGAGCAGUAUGGUCAGAGGCCACUUCAUUGGCCUCAGCAAACCCCCGAAGUAAUAAAAGGCGGAUGGUUCUACUUGACUAACGUUUACGUAUUCAAAGCCAUGAUGCCCGUUUUGACUUUAGCAAGUGCAUUUCUUUCCAGAAUGCAUGCUGUACCGUUUGUAUAUGCCCUACCUAUUUUCUUUUCAUACUAUACAUUCAUGACAAUGCUAAUUCAUUGAUCUUCUUACCUCAGGUAGAUGCCCUACUCUUAGGACCUCGAAAUCCUAUGGAUCAACAUUCCUCGAGUCUCCCUCUACCGACAGGCCUUUGUACAUUCUGGCGCAGAAUCAGAGCAAUAAGCAACGCGAAUAAUUUCGCAGAGUGUGAGAAGGCUUUUAGUACAGCUAUGAAAAAAUUACACAAAAAAGUAAAAUGGGCGUUUGCUCCAGGCGAUCAUAUGCCAUGGGAUAAAGUACCUGGGCAAGGUUCUAGUUGUUUUGGUGUUACUCACGAAGGGAAGGAUUGUUAUGACAAAGAUGUUAUCUGGAUUUUUAUAGACCAGAGACUUUGUGAUAUACUACUGAGAACAGAUUUGACCUCUGGGGAAAAAGCCGGUGCUCAAUAUCUCCUGGCAAUCGUCAUGUGUCAUGAGUUAACUCAUGCUCUUUGGUAUGCUAUUCAGGAUCAAAAGCUUAACCAAGAAUAUGAACCAUUCUUUGAGGAUUCGCCUCAGUGUGAAUUGGGAUAUGAAAUGGAGAAUAGUGUGAUUUAUACAAAAUCAUAUAAAUGUUGAAUGCCAUGCUAAUUAAGAUUAGGUUUUUGGUGGUCUCGUCGAGCCAGUAUUUCAUGCACCUGCAGCUCCUUUUGCGUAUGCGAUGGGUUCUACGUAUCCGAAUUAUGGUAGUAUGGGACAGCGAAUUCCUAAAACACUUAUUAUGGACAAAGCUAAACCAUACAACAAUCAAAUAUUUUGUUAUUUUAUAUCGAUUCAGACUUUGGAAGAUUUAAGCAAUCAGAGUUUUUGGGAUACUGCUAUUCGACGAGUAAGUAUUGUUGACCUUUUAUUUACUCUUGCUACAAGAAUAAUUAAAACUUACUAAUAUUUAUCAACUACAAGUAUGGCUUUUCUGUCAUUCAUGCUCGAUCAAUAAAGCAUGGAUGGAAAAGUGACUUCGAACCCGACUGGGCCGAUGUCGAUGAAUAUGGUGUCCCAGACUACGAGACUAGUGAAAACAAAAGAACUAGUAACCUCAAAGGUAUUCCAUACGAAAUGCACGGCGAAUUAACGGAAGCGGCAACAUCGUACCACGCAAAGCAACUCCCAGCUGUUAGAAAAGCAUCCUUCAAAGUCCUACAAGCGAUAAUUGGAAGCGCAGCGGGAGAGGAACAGUUCUAUGAUUUUACACAAUCCCAAGAAGAUGCACUCUGGGACGUAAGGGAAGCAUUUGUUUCACUGCGUGAAGCAAGAGAUAGAAAUGAUGAAUCAGAACAUGAGAGAUUAGCUUUCGAACUCAUCAAAAUGCUCGACCAGGCAAUUACAAACCACAAAGAAUCCUUUCUCCUCCUAGAAAAAAGCGAAACAUUCAGAGGAGGCGAGAAAUUUCGCGAUCGUCGCGCUACUCUCUUUCGCUGGAAUAUUGGAACUCGAAGACUUCUCAAUGAUUUAUUUACCCUCAUAGAAGAAGUCCCAAACAAAGAAGGAGAUAUCAAAACUACUUUCCAAAAACUUACGUAUCUACUCUGUAAACUCGAAUAUGUCCGUCUACAAAUAUUUCCACCGACAUCUUCAUGGGAUUUCCAAGGCGAGAAUUCCCCCGAAGGAAUCAAAGAGUUAAAACGAUGGCCUAAUAAUUUCUUCUCAGAAGAACUCGCAGAGAUCAAUUUCAUGGCUACUCUCUGGAGUGCGGCAGAAAAAUUCGAUUCAGUACUAUGUCAUGAUUUGGCGGAAGGAAGACUUAAAGCUAAUCGUGAUGCGUCGACUUUAUCGUUUUAUUGUCGCUUUAUUUGUGUGAAUCUUUUGAUGAUUAUUAAGGAUGAUUUUUGGGUGAGGAAUUGGAAGGAGAGAAAAGUUGAGGUCGAUGAAAUGUUAUCGUGGUUGGAGAAAAUGCAGGAUGGUUGUUCGCAGUUUUGGAAAGGUUUGUUUUUUUUGUGGGGGAAUUGGUUUAGGAAGAUUGGGGGGAAGAGUAAAGAAGAGGAGAAGUGGGAGGAGGAGGAGAGGAUUAGAAUUGAGAAUAUUAUGUUGGAAAGGAGGAAGAGGAGGGUUAGGUAUUAG